UGCCUGACCUUGUAAAUGUCAUGCGCUUUGCCCGGGUCGUGCUUUUCUGCUGGUCCCAAGGCCUGGUUCUGCUGCAUCCUCUACUGCCACGAGGGUGGCUUCACUGUCCUGGGUGGUCUCGUUGAUGACUGGCCCAGCUACCUGAGCAGAGAUGGUGUCCACCCGAGCCGCUUUGGUAACAAGGUGCUGACAGAGUACCUGUACCAGGUGGCCUGCACCCUGUCCAUCCAUCUGGAGAGAAGCCACAUCCAGCAGUGCUACAAGGAGACCCGGGCACCUUCUUCAUGGACCAGCUGGACUCGGCAGGACAAGCAUCCCUGCCAUCACCGAGGCGGAGUUUCCCCCACUUGGUUUGCAUAUUUUCAUUUCUUCUCAUGCAGCAAGUGGACCUUCCACAGCACCAGCUCCUGUCUGGUAAGCCAGCAGACCAAAACCCUUCAAGGUGCUGGCUUUUCACUUUCUGGCGGUGUCCGUGUCCGCUGCAAGGGUAGCAAGGCUUGGUGGACCUGGGACAACCUGCCUUCCCCCAUUUUCCAUGGCACAAGUGUACCAAGCAGGGGAAAAGCCAAGCAGAGGUCUGGUGAGCUAAUGAUCCCUGGUCUAGAUGCAAGCACCACUUGUGUCAGGAGAACUCGGAGAGCCACACAGAAGCAUGAGAGUGCUCAUGUUAUGUGCUUCUUCUGUUGGAGAAGGAGAGGCCAGUGCUUGAGAAGCAGGUGUGCCAGAGGCUGUCUUCCAGUGUGGUGACAGUGAGUGGAAACAGUGAGUGGUGACAGUAUCGAAGAGGCGGUGGCAGAAGGCUGCGGCACUGCACAAGCAAGAAUGGAGCUGCGACCUGGCUGCAGACAGGGAAGGCAAAAUUCUUGCUGCGACAGCUGCCAAGUUCUUGAAGUUCGCUUCACCUUUGACAGCAGUUGUAAGCCAGAAGCAGGCACACAUUGACAGUGGAAAGUCUGAGUCUGCUUCUUCUCCAUCCAUGCUGCUGCCUGUGCGGCGACGUUGUCUCGUUGAACCACAUCCUCUGGGGCUGCCAGGAAGAUCCCCCGCCCGCCGACCUCGUCUCGCCACCCCCCACCAACGAACAAUGGGAGGCCCUUCUCUCCAGCGCCGACCGAGACAUCCAGACACGGGUCCUGGCACGAGCUGAAGACGCCAUCGUGAAGCACAGCCUGGCAGCCUACGUGGCUUAGUCUCCCUCACCCCUUCUAAUAAUAAAGUUAUCACUCACUCGCUCGCUCUACUGUCUCUGGUAGCAAGCUUGAAGGACAAGCCAGUGCCUCUCGGGAUGCCAUUUGUGAUAGUUUUGGCAAGGUGCAGCAUGUGGCUAGCAGGCAUAAUAAAGACUGCUUGUUAGUUGCUAUGGCUGAGUGCAGACCUGUCAUAAAUGGUGUUCCAAAUGAGGUCACUGUCUGCAAAUGCUGUAGGCCAGGAACAAUGCAAGAUGGAGGGCAGAUCAUGAGUAAUCCUGGCACAGAGGCUGGUGACCUUAACAAA